GAGAGAGAGGGGGGGAGUCAGCCUGCAUGAUCUCAUCCCUCCGGCAGCUGCAUAGCGCAGCCACGCAAAGCCGUAACUUUCUAUCAAACUUCCAAGUUGCCCGUCGGAGGACGACACCGGGCCGUUUCCCGGCGUCAACCGGAACGAACACGUUUCGCUCCCCCCUCCACCCCCACCCCGUCCUCCUCCCCUCGAGAAGGUGAAGAAGCGCGCGGCUCCCGGACCUCACGGGGAGCCUUUUUUUUUUUUUGGUUGUUUGUCGUAACGAGUUGAAACAAAAGGAGGAAAAAGCCCCCCUCGCGUGGCGCGCCGUCCAGGAGCUGCGGGGGGCGGAGACGAGGAAAGUUCGGAGAAGGACCCGCGUGGUGACCGCGUCGACACAGGAAGCAGCAUGAAGGCCUGAACGCCGGGGAGGCGGGUUUUCCUCCCGCACGCUCUUAUUUCCUGCCUCCAUCCACACAAUAUGACCUGCACAUGAAGUCGGGGAGCAGCUUCCCAUCCCACAGGCAUCCAUGUUCCCCCGCUGAGCGCCUUUAGCCUCCUGCACUGGUGCCAUGACCAGCCUGAAGAGUCCGCCGAUGGAGCGCACGGCCGGGGGUUCGGAGUUUUACAGCCGCCACCUCCGUAUGGCCAACGGAGGGGCCGCGCCCGGCGGCCACGCCGCCGCGAGCACCGGGGUGCCCAAGAUGGGCGUGCGGGCUCGGGUGGCCGAGUGGCCCCCGAGAAAAGACAUGGCGGGGGUCUUGUGGGCCGAGGCCUCUGCCGCGCCGCCCGCCAGCAAAAGCCACAUCAAGCUGGGCUCCGUGAUGAACCCUCAGGACUCGUCGAUGCUGCGUAACAUCCACAACACCUUGAAGAACCGGACCCAGGCCCACGCCAACAACUACAGCGCCGACGCCCGGCACCUGGCCCCGGCGGAUCGCCGAGGCCCCGCGCACAGGAACCCGCGGCAGAGGCGCAUCCGCCAGCGCAGCAACAGCGAUAUGACCGCCGGCGAGAUGGAAGGCAGCGGAGACAGCGGAGAGGACUGGGCCCCGGCGCCGGGGGCCAAGUGGUCGCCGCUCCACCGCGAGUACGGCAGCACUUCAUCGAUUGAUCAGCACGCAGCAGCUGGAGAGAGCUUCUUCGAAAUGCUCCGGGCCUACCAAGGGGACCAGGUGGACCAGGUGGACCAGCGCAGCCCCGCUCCACAGAAGCUGGAGGACAUGCUGGCCGUCGGGCCCAAGCAGGCCGGCGUCGGCGUCGAUCCGCGGGAGGACGACGACGCCCCGGCUCCUAAAGCCAGGGACAAGACCCCGAAGAGAAGAGCUAAAUCAGAGACUGGGGGGGAGUCGAUAUUCCGGAAACUUCGGAGCGCGCGGGGCGAUUCCGACUCCCCCAGAGCGGGGUCCGACGUAGAGGACAGCCGGGCGGAGGACGCGGGCCCCCCUUUCAAGCCCUGGGUGUGUCAGAAAAGCUUCGCCCACUACGACGUCCAAAGCAUGCUGUUUGACCUCAACGAAGUCACCCAGCUGCGGCAGAUCGCGGGAAAGAGGAAAAACACCACCACGGGGGCGUCCGCGGCCGCCGUGGCCUCGGCCACCUCCACCCUCUCGUCCACGCACAGCCUGCCGUACAGCUCCCCCGGGGGGAGCCAGGAGGACCUCAGCUCCCGGGACAGUCCCGGCCUGGACGCCGGGGACGAACCGAGCAACGAAAUGCUGCUCGGCUGCCCCUGCUUCCGCAACGAGAUAGGCGCCGACGGCAACGGGAGGCGCAGGCCGCUGGCGGGCGGGGCGGCGGCGGCGGCGGCGGCGUACGGAGCCGUUCACAACGGCUCGGGGACCCUGAGCGGGGAGGGGAACCUGUAUGAGACGUCAGCGAGCACGCACUGCACCAACGCCGGGGUGGCGGUGCUGGAGGGACCAAAGGAAGGGCCCAGCACGCUCAGCGAAAAGGGCAAGCAGUACAUCGUGGAGCACGUGGACCUGGGGGCCUACUACUACAGGAAGUUCUUCUACCUGAGGGAGCACUGGAACUACUUUGGGAUGGACGAGGCGCUCGGGCCGGUGGCGGUGAGCCUGCGCAGGGAGAAGCUGGAGGAUGAAAAGGAGCACGGCCAGCAGUACAACUACCGUCUGAUCUUCAGAACCAGCGAGCUGACCACGCUUCGAGGUUCUGUCCUGGAGGACGCGGUGCCCUCCACCUCCAAGCACGGCACCACGCGCGGGCUGCCCGUCAAGGAGGUUCUGGAGUACGUUCUGCCCGAGCUGGAUCUGUCCUGUCUGAGACUGGCCCUCAACACGCCCAAAGUCACCGAGCAGCUGAUGAAACUGGACGAACAAGGGCUGAGUUUCCAGGUGAAGGUGGGGGUGAUGUACUGCAGAGCGGGCCAGAGCACAGAGGAGGAGAUGUACAACAACGAGACGGCCGGUCCCGCCCUGGAGGAGUUCCUACAACUGUUGGGGGAGACAGUUCGCCUCAAGGGCUUCACCAAGUACAGAGCCCAGCUGGAUACCAAAACGGAUUCCACGGGCACCCACUCUCUGUACACGACUUACAAGGACUAUGAGAUCAUGUUCCAUGUGUCGACUCUGCUGCCUCACACACCCAACAACAAACAACAGCUGCUGAGGAAGCGCCACAUAGGGAACGACAUUGUGACCAUCGUGUUCCAGGAGCCCGGCGCUCACCCCUUCACCCCGAAGACCAUUCGCUCUCACUUCCAACAUGUCUUCAUCGUUGUGAGGGUGCACGACCCGUGCUCUGACAACACAUGCUACAGUGUGGCGGUAACUCGUUCCCAGGACGUCCCCUCCUUCGGACCCCCGAUCCCCAAGGGCGUGACCUUCCCCAAGUCCACUGUCUUCAGGGACUUCCUGUUGGGCAAAGUCAUCAACGCCGAGAACGCGGCGCACAAGUCGGAUAAGUUUGGCGCCAUGGCAACCCGCACCCGGCAGGAGUACCUUCGCGAACUGGCCGAGCGCCACGUGACCAGCACGCCGGUGGAGCCCACCGGGAAGUUCCCCUUCAUCUCUCUGGCGCACAAGCGGCGGGAGAAGGCGCGGCCGUACAGCGGCGCCGAGCUGCGCAGCCUGGGGGCCGUGACCUGGCAGGUGCACGCCGAAGACCAGGUAGCCGGCGCCGAGCGCCAGUGCCUGCUGGCCGUCUCCAACGACUUCGUCAUCCUGCUGGACCAGGAGGCCAAAGCGGUCGUGUUCAACUGCGCCACGCGGGACGUGAUCGGCUGGUCGACGGGGAGCCCCGCCUCCAUGAAGGUGUACUACGAGCGCGGGGAGAGCGUGUCGCUGCGCUCCAUCAACAACAACACGGAGGACUUUGGCGAGGUGGUCAAGAGACUGGAGCUGCUGACCAAGGGCAGUCAGACCACGGAGAUGACCCUGCGCCGCAACGCCUUGGGCCAGCUGGGCUUUCACGUCAACUUCGAGGGCAUCGUCGCGGAGGUGGAGCCCUACGGCCACGCCUGGCACGCCGAGCUCCGGCAGGGCAGCCGCCUGGUGGAGAUCUGCAAGGUGUCGGUGGCUUCGCUGUCCCACGAGCAGAUGAUCGACCUGCUGCGCACCUCCGUCACCGUGAAGGUGGUCAUCAUCCCCCCGCACGAGGACUCCACACCACGCAGGUGGGGGCGGAUACGUUUUCUUCACCUCCCGUCUAGGUUCAAUUACAACAGCUGCCAGUCCCCUGUGACGUCAGUGCGGCAGCUGGCAGGUGACGGGCUCAAUGGGAACAAGGCGAGCUCUGGUGUUGGAUGGUCCCGAACUGGGGAGAGGGACAAAACCAGCGCAGACGCCAAAGGCGUGAUUCCCAGGCUGCAAUCAGAACAUGGCAGUAACCCGUCUCCGAACAAAAGCCCCAAGACGGACGCUCCGUAUUCGUCCAGCCAGUCCAGCAGCAACACCCUCUCCAGCAACGCCUCCAGCUCCGCGCACAGCGACGAGAAGUGGUACGACGUGGGCUCCCGCUCGGCAGCGGGCGGCGACCUCGAGCUCAACGGCUACCUCCAGGGCGCCUCCGCCGACAGCGGCAUCGACGCCGCCUCCUUCACCGCCACGCAGAGCAGCACGGCCUCCUCCACCGCCGCCUUCAGGGCCAGAGACCAGAGCCACGGGCGGGAGGACGCGGCGGGCAAGCCGGACUCCCUCGCCGUCGCCGUCGGGGGCGGCGAGGGAGUCCCGGCGAGGAGUCCGUCAGCCUUUCCGCUGCUCCCCGAUGGCGCCUCCUACGGCCCGAGUGACGCCGCCUCCCACUGCAGCACACUCGGCUCAGGGAGCCCCAUGGACCAGGGGCAGGACGAGGCGGCCACCUCCCCCACGUCGCCAGGCAGCAAGAGCUUCUACCCGCGUCAGGGAGCCACCUCCAAGUACCUGAUCGGGUGGCGGAAACCCGGAGGGACCGUCAACUCCGUCGACUUCGGCAGCACUCGCAAACGGCACCAGAGUGACGGCCUGCUGGGCGGUCAGCCGCAGCUCCGGGCCAACCUCCGGGGCUCCCAGUCGCCGCAGCGGCACGCCGCCAAGUCCAGCCUGGAAGAGGACUUGAAGAAGCUCAUCACGCUCGACAGCCCGCCGCCCACCACCAGCGAAGAGAAGCCGUUGUUUCCGGGUCCGCCGCCCACCCGCCGCUCCCUCCAGCGGACGCUGUCGGACGAGAGCAUCUACAGCGGGCAGAGGGAGCCGUCCACCAACGGACAGCGGGACACGCCCACCGAUCUUCUGUUCAGCUGCGCCACCGUGCCGCGCUCGCCCACCGCUCGCCACGGGCCGAGCCGGCGAGCGUCACACAAGUCCCUGGGAGACCUGUCGGCCCCGGAGAGCUCAGAGAUGGAGCUGGAGAGGAAGAGGCAGCAGCUGCAGGACGCCGCCCUCAUGCCCCUGCCGGACACCGGGGCAGACGGCCCGCUGGACUGGGCCCACCUGGUGGACGCCGCCAAGGCCUUUGAGGAGCAGCGGCUGGUCUUCCUUGCAGCCCAAGAGGAGAGCGCUGUGGCGGAGAGCGCUGUGGCUGAGUGCGCGGCAGCCACCAGUCCGCAGCAGGCCGAGCCUCAGGCGGCCCCGCUGAGACAGCCCUCGCCUGGAGAGACUCCCGCCUGCCUGAUGGGGAAGGUCGGCCAGCUGGAGUCCAUGGUCAAAGUGCUGCAGGAAGACUUAAAGAAAGAGAGGGACGCCAAGACGUCGCUGCAGGCUCAGAUCCAGAGCCUCCGGGAGGACAACCAGCGGCUCCUGGAGGAGUCGUACAGCGCCUCCGCCAAGCUCAAGAAGUUCACCGAGUGGGUCUUUAACACCAUCGACAUGAACUGACGCUUUGAGCGCUGCUCGAGUUCAUCGCCGCACGUCACAGACACACAACACACGCACACACACAACAGAGUUACUCAAGAAACCAGUGCCAACGUGGACCGACGCGUCAUCCGUCUACAGCCUUGUGGAUCUUUGGAAGGGUCAAACUGUGUGUGUGUGUGUGUGUGUUUCGACCAGCAUGACCUUCCCCUCCUCGCUGAAUAAAUAUGAUGUUUUGUGUCGUUGCAUGUCGGAGACGGUAACAACCGAGAGGAAUUUAAAAAGCCACCGUUCCCAUUUAUCUCCCCAGCUAACCUCAUUACGAGACGACAGCCUUCCAAUUAAAAAAGCCCCGGCACAAGUUCAGAUGAUGAAAGUAGCCCCUCCUUCUCUCUGGUAGCGCUCCACACUCUGUGAGAGUCAAGUGACGGCGCGUUGUGAGCGGUUCAUUUUGUACUACUAACCGAAAGGAAGGUCGAGACGAUGGGGGACGGACGUCCUCCCACGUGGGACGGCGCCCUGUCUCUCAGAGACCAGGCGAGACAGGCCCCUCUGCAUCACACUGUAAUGAGACAACGUGUAAAUGGACCACUGGUCACUAACUGAUGUACUGUAUAACGUUCACCUCGGUGUCACUUAUUCAGAUUAUUGUAAAUAUAUAAUGUUAAUGUCUAUUUUCUCACCUCUGCCCUCGAUGUGCGUGUGAAGAGUAUUUAUGACAAAGAUGUUGGCCAAGAAAAGAGAAAAACAAUCAAAUGCAGUCGGAGAUCCGCAUGUAGUAAUAAUGGUCAGAUGCCGCUAUAAGAAUAUAUAUUCAUACAUGUAUAUGUCUAUACAUAUAUAUGUAGAUACUUUUACUCCAAACUGAGUUUUAAACUUAAUGUCCUCCCACUUUAUGCAGUGGAUUGAUUGACAGCGCCACCUGCUGACAACAUGCCCUCCAUCCGCAGCAUGCUUCAACGUCUCAAUCUGGUCCUUAUUCUCGACACUAAAUCGGUACUGUUCAAUAUACGACUACACGGUGAGAUAAUGUGUGAAUCCUAAAAAUGUCACCUACAGUUGUCUGUAGUGUGUAAACCUGCUUGUAAACCAGAGCUGGAUUUGUUCUGCAGAAAGUCCUUAUUUAAGCCCCCGAACUGUUCCUUUUGUACUCCGAUACCGUGCCAACUGUACAUAAAGAGAGUUUGAUAUUCAUCCGAAUUUGCACCUUCAUCCUUGAUUUUAAAAGAAUAUUUAUCUUUACUGGCUGGGACGCAGUGGAGAAUGAAAGGCGCUAUAUGAAAGAUGGACAGCGGGGACGUGAGACGAGUGAGUCCCGGGCCUCUGGCGCCGCCAUUAUGAACGCGUGUGACGGAUGUGAUCCUUUCCAUUCAGCUGUGAUGUGUAAAAAAAAAUGUUUAUAUCUAUUAAAGAUAUUUUGUUUGAAUUACA